AUGGAUGUCAAGUCUUGGGCGCUUGAUGCGCCUACGAUCCUUUCGACUCUGAAAGCAAACGUUGUGCCCUUCUUCUACACUUGGUAUGGCGCUGCGCUAUCGGUGUUUGUCGUGUUUAACUUCAAGGCGCUGCCAUUUGUAUGGACAGCGCGAACAUAUUACCAUCUGAAUACCGCCUUUAAAAACCAGCAAAAGAGACUUGUCAAAUCCACCGAUGGAGGCAGAAGGAAAGUUGCGCUGGUCAAAAAGGAAAACGCAGGAGACUCCAUCGAAAAGCACCCUUUGUUCAAGCCGGACGUUAUUAGCACAUAUGUACCGCUGUUGGAAAUCGACAUGAACUUGCACAAGUCGAAUUCGACCUUCUUCACAGACCUUGACAUAUCUCGGAUCAAGUUGAUGGGGAGGAUCAUUGCGCCAGCGUGGCCAAUGGACAGCAUGGAAAUCGAAUACAAAGGGCGAGAUGGAACCAACAAAAAAGAAAAGGUAAGAGGCCGGCCAGCUCUCAUCUUGGGAGCUACACAUACGUCUUUUAAACGCGAGCUUCGACCUUUUGCUUCCUACAACGUGGAGUCGCGCAUCCUAGGUUGGGAUUCUCGCUGGAUAUAUGUCGGAUCAUGGUUCCUCAACAUAUCCACGUCAAAGAAGGUCUAUGCGACUAGUCUGUCAAAGUACAUCAUCAAAAAGGGGCGUAUCACGGUGCGGCCAGAGCAAUUCUUCGUUGAAUGUGGGUGGAUUCCGGCGCAAGAAGCAGAUCAUGGCGAGAAGGAGGAAGUGCAUGGCGAGGCAGGAUGGUCAAGGUUAGAAGUUGAGGCCCACAAAGAGAAGGGGAUGCAGAUUGUCAAGACAUGGGGGGAGGCAAAUGUGUUGAUGGAGCAGGAAUAUGAAGAACAAUGAUAGACAUGGAUGAUUGCGAAAUGGUAGAAGCCGCUGCCGUCAGAAUGGAGCUUUUCCCUC